CAGCAUGGGUGCUGUGGUCCUCAAAGAGUAAUCUUACUAAGCUUUGGUCUGUUGCCUCUUUGCUCAUCUUUCUGUAUUUGCACGCCUCUCCUUUCAAGGGAGUGAACCGUCAUUUGCUUUUUUGGUAACCUUGUGUUGACCACCAGCAAUACUUUCACAGGGAUCAGAAUGAAGAUGCUUACGUUCUGGGCCGUUCUUCUCCUCUGUGGUCUCCUGUCUUCCUCCCAAAGCACAGGGGGACUUCCAGCUUCCUCUUUAGUUCAGUUGGACAUUAAUUCUCUGCAGAACGCCCUUGGAACAUCAAUGGGCCAAGAAAAUCCACUGGACAACCUUGUGGGACAAGUACUUGGAGGAGGAGGAGGAGGAGGAGAAGGUCUACUUGGAAACAUCCUGGGAGGAGGAGGAGGAGGAGGUCUACUUGGAAACAAUGGUCUGCUCGGUACUGGUCUCCUUGGAGGCAAUGGAGGUCUCCUUGGAGGCAAUGAAGGUCUCAUUGGCUUGAAGAUUGUAUCUGCGUCACCUCUACAGCUUUCCUUGACUGUAAUGCCACCCAAUAAGAUUGGAAUCAGCCUCAGCACCAACCUGAAAAUCAAGGCCGAUUUGCUCGGGGGUCAGCUGCUGGGGCUCGACGUGGCUGUGAACAUCACAGGAAGUAGCCGACUGGUGCAAGACCCAAAUCAGCCUGCUCGGAUUGUUGCCUCAGAUGACUGCAAUGUCCAAAUCAAGGUUGGGUCCAGUUUGCUCUCUGGGCUCAUCAAUACGGUCUCGAAUGUCUUGAACAACGCCCUCCCUGCUGUGCUCUGUCCAGUUCUGACUUUGGCCACGGGUUUGUUGAACGGUCUUAUUGGCACUGUUGACGGUGUGCAUCCUGUGGAGGGUGUCGGAUCAGUGGAGUACCUUCUGGGCAGCAUUCUCCAGUCCAGUGGGGAUAAACUCAUGCUGGACCUGGACGUGGGACUUCUCGAUUCUUCAGGCAACAAAGUUUCGCUUCCCCCAAUGAACUCCAUUACUCUGCCUCCAACUCGGCCUGGGGACCACACCUCCAGAGUGCUUUUGAAUACAGAACUUAUUUCCUCUUUGAUUGAUCUGCAUGUGAAGAAAGGAUCCUUCAACAGAGACAUCACAGGAGAGGGGUCUUCUUCGCUGGCCGCCUCUGCGCUUCAGUCCGUGCUACCUGAGGGGACUCUUCCAGCUAAUUCGGUUCUGAAGGUCUCCAUUAACACUGGCGAAACUCCACUAGUGACAGUGGAGAAUACAGAUAUCAACAUAAAACUUCCUGUUGAUGUUACUGUGUCAGCCCAAACAGACAGUGGUCUUGUGCCCCUCUUUGCGGCGGAUGCGGACAUCGACCUGAAGGGACGCAUAAAAGUUACAGGAGAUACUGUGGGCGUCAACCUUUCUUUGGAGAGGCUCUCCGUCAGAGUCUCUUCUUCUCAAAUUGGCGACAUUGAUGCGAAUCUCCUCAAAGAUUCUGUCCUAAACCUUCUCACAAACGAUUACCUCCCAUCAUUGAAUGGUAUGCUGAGCAAUAUACUCCCCCUCCCUCAUUUCGGGAACAUGGACUAUGCCAGUGGUGCCGUCGGUAGUGCUGGGAAUGCAAUUUCAGUCGACCUGCUUCCAGUAGCUGCAAAAUGAGUUUGUGGCACAGAAUACAUUUCUUCCUGCUGUUCCCCGUGGCAUCCUGUCAGAAGACUUGGAAGAAACCCUGUCUUAUCUAUCCAUUUCCAUUUAAGAUGCAUAGCGACUUCAAUCUGAUCCACACCAUCUUUUGUUGUUGAUGUUAUAUGUUUCUAUAAAACCUCUCCUUGUCCUUAAGCUGGAGAGCUCUCCUUGACAUGUAACAGCUUGAUUGCUCAAUAAAAAGAGGCCAACUUG